CUGAUGAAGAAUUUAAUGAGCUUUGCUUUGAGUUUGGUUUGGAGCUUGAUGAAAUUACAUCUGAGAAGGAUAUUAUAAGUAAAGAAAAAGGUGAAGAAAAGGCAAAGGGUGCAUCUGAUACCAUUCUCUAUAAAAUUGACGUUCCUGCCAACCGUUAUGAUCUUCUUUGCCUUGAAGGGUUGGUCCGAGGGCUGCAGGUCUUUAAAGAAAGGAUAAAUCUCCCUAGGUACGAAAAGAUAAUACCAGCUCAGGGUGAAGGUCAGAGGCUGAUUAUCACGGAAGAGACUGUCCAAGUCCGCCCUCAUGCUGUAGCUGCAGUCCUUCGUAAUAUAACUUUUACCAAGGAACGUUAUGAUAGUUUCAUUGACCUCCAAGAAAAACUACACCAAAAUAUUUGCAGGAGAAGAGCGUUGGUAGCCAUAGGUACCCAUGAUUUGGACACCGUCUCUGGUCCAUUUACUUAUACAGCUAAAGCACCUUCUGAAAUUAAAUUCAAGCCCUUGAAUCAAUCCCAGGAGUACACAGCUUCACAAAUUAUGGAUCUCUAUAGGACUGACAGCCACCUUCGGCACUAUUUACACCUAAUUGAAAACAAGCCACUUUAUCCUGUCAUUUAUGACAGCAACGGGGUUGUUCUGUCCAUGCCACCAGUCAUCAAUGGAGAUCAUACAAAAAUAAGCGUAAACACCAGAAACGUGUUUAUUGAAUGUACAGGCACAGAUAUUACGAAGGCAAAAAUUGUUCUUGAUAUUAUAGUCACGAUGUUUAGUGAAUAUUGUGAGAAGCCAUUCAGUGUUGAAGCAGCAGAAGUAGUUUAUCCUAAUGGAAAGACCCACAUCUAUCCAGAACUGGCUUACCGAAAAGAGAAGGUGAAACCUGAACUCAUUAACAAGAAAAUAGGAAUCAGUGAAACUCCAUCAAGCCUUGCAAAGCUGCUGACUAGGAUGUGUUUGAAGUCACACGUCACAGGGAAUGGGAACAAUAUAGAGAUUGAAAUCCCUCCUACCAGAGCGGACAUUAUCCAUGCAUGUGAUAUCGUAGAAGAUGCAGCAAUAGCUUAUGGUUAUAACAACAUUCAGAUGACUGUUCCGAAAACGUACACCAUAGCUAAUCAACUCCCCCUCAAUAAGCUCACAGAACUUCUGAGACUGGACUUGGCAGCUGCUGGAUUCACUGAAGCACUCACUUUCGCCCUGUGUUCUCAAGAUGACAUUGCAGAUAAACUCGGCAUGGAUAUCUCUGCCACAAAAGCAGUGCGCAUAGCAAACCCCAAAACUGCAGAAUUUCAGGUGGCACGUACAACCCUCCUUCCUGGGCUACUGAAAACUAUAGCUGCUAACCGAAAGAUGCCCUUGCCUCUCAAACUCUUUGAGAUUUCUGACAUUGUCAUAAAAGAUCGUAAUACAG